GGUAUAGAUUCCCCGGUAGAAGGCCGUCGGCGUUCAGUCCUCUUGCACCUCCGAACUCGGUUCGUUCGUUCACGACCUUCAGGUAACGCGAGUCCGAGAAAAUUGAAACAAAAAAAAUAAAAAAAGAAACAAAUCCCAGCAACAUACGAACGACCUUGAAGAAGGCGUAAUCACAUAAUCGCGCGAUAUUGGAUCUGACUGGACGAAAGCUCGUCAAAAUAUACAAAAAAAAUGAAGUCCUACUCAGUUGUGACACUGGCGUUGUUGGCGUGCUGGGCCAUGCAACCGGGUAAAGUUCUCGCCUGGGGUGGUCUUUUCAAUCGUUUCAGCCCGGAGAUGCUCGCCAAUCUCGGCUACGGAGGUCACGGAGGUCAUCGCGGCGGACAACCCGCUUUUCUCCAGAAACUCGGCGGAGAACACGUGUACGGAGACUUGGUUGAGAACGAAUUGGACGAACCGUGUGAGGGAAGACCUUGCGGAAGGAACGAAUACUGCUGCCCAGGAUCAAUUUGCGUUAAUCUGGAUGGAGAUGUGGGAUCCUGCAUGUUCAUGUUUGGGUUAAAACAAGGUGAAUUAUGUCGAAGGGAUAACGAUUGUGAGACUGGGUUGUUGUGCGCCGAAGUAGCUGGCGAAACACGUUCCUGUCAACCACCGGUUACCUCCAACAAACAAUACAGUGAAGAAUGCAAUAUGUCCGGGGAAUGCGAUAUGAGUCGUGGGCUCUGCUGCCAGCUGCAAAGACGUCAUCGACAAGCGCCGAGAAGGGUUUGCUCUUACUUCAAAGACCCCCUUGUUUGUAUCGGGCCAGUGGCAAGUGAUCAGGUGAAAUCAAUUAUUCAGUACACGUCAGGAGAGAAGCGAAUUACUGGGCAAGGAAGUCGCAUCUUCAAGAGGGCACCGGCUGCUUAAAUUACUCGAAUUUAAAUCGUAAGCCACAAAUAUUAUAUUAUAAGCGAUCAGAAACCAGAUUAAUUAUUAAUAUUACUAUAGAUAUGUGAAUUAUAUUGCAAAAAAAAAAUCAACAAUCUUUUGAACUCCUCACAUCAUUUGAGUGAAAAUUAUGUAUCCCCUGCUGUAAAAUAUCUGCGCAUUAUUAUUGCGAUACUUGGAUCGCGAUGAACCUUACAAUUAGACCUGUAUUUUAUUGACCGGCUAAUUUCUUGUGAUUAUUUUUUCUUAAUUUUUGAUUUUUACAAUGGCCAUGACGUGACGAAAUAUAAAUUGAAUCUAAUAAGUGGAGGCUGAUGAAAAAAAAUAGUUGGUUAACCGUGAGAUAUAUAAUAUGUAACGAUAAUAAUAAGGAUAAUAAUGAUAUGAUUAAUAAUAAAAACAAUAACAAUAAUAUUAAUAAUAAUAAAAAUGAUAACGAUAAUAAUAACAAUUGAUAAUACUAAUAAUAAUAAUAAUCAUAAUGUGAAUGAAUCGUAAAUCAACAUAUCUCUCGUAAUUGUAACGACUGAAAAAUAAUAUACAUACAUAUCAAUAUAAUAGGUACUUAACCUAUUAUAUAACUAUAUAACAAUUAAAUAAUCUGCUAUAUAUAUAAUUGUAUUCAAUUGUAUUUAAGAUACAAUUAUAAUGUCACUCAUAUAAUGGUGUAAUAAUUGGUGUAUGUAUGUUACUGUGAAACACCGAGGUUACUGAAUGUCGAUAUUCUCUGGUGAAUAAAUUGGCGAUGGUUGGCAUUCUUCAAUUUCGGUCUUUCACCGUCACUUAUACAUUAAUUCAAUCGAAAAUCAAAUUAUGAAAGCAAAUACCAGAAAAAAAACCAAAAAAAAUAAAAUAAAAAACAAACUUAUAUAUAUAUCUGAUGUAAUACUGUGAACGUUUUGUCCUUAUAUAAGUAUAAAAAAAUCAAAGAUCUCGUUUACUGGCUAGGCUGCUUAUAUAUAGUAUAUUUAUUAGGGAAUAUUAUUAUAUAAAGGGACAAAAAAAGAGAAAAUCAAUUAAAAAUUUGUGUCGAUAUUAUCGCACGGUAGUGGCAAAAGACAAGUAACUCAUUAAUUAAAAUGUAUAAUUACGUACGUAAUCAAUAUAUUCACGUAAAUCUACGACCCAUGGAUGGGAUUUUUAAUUAUAUGAAUGCGUAUAAAAUGAUAGGAAAAGUCUGAGAAUGAAAAAUUGAUAAGAGAAAAAGAGUGGUACUUUAUAGACGCUCAUGGCCAUUUUAUUAAUUACAUUAUUAUAUUAAUAAUCUGAAAUGUCCGUUUCGAAAAUUUUGUCUCGCAGAUGUGUUCGAUAAACAUAAUCUAUGUACAAUAUGCAUAUAUAUAUUACAUAUCAUAAACAUUGAAGUGGGGAGAAAAUCCAAACUGAUUUCAAAUUAAAUUUAUUGUGAUCAUAUAGAUUUUUAUGUAGUCCAGUAUUUUCUGCAAAGAGAAAAAGAGAAAGAGAAAGAAAAAGUAACAAAAAUACAGAAAAGAAAUUAUCAAAAUUGUCGAAAGUUAUCAGAUUACAUUUUGUGUAUAAUAAUAAUAUUAAUAUUAAUAAUAAUAAUAAUAAUAAUAGACAUAAUAAUAGUCAUAAUAAUAUGAUUAAAGUAAUAUACACAUAUAUGAAUUAUUACUUGAGAUGGGGCACGCUCGUGCUCACGCAGAUACAUAAUCUAUAUUCGUAUAUAAAUUAUACAUUGCGUAUCAAGUCCUGACAAAUCAAACAAAUGUGUACUGGAGAUUUCUGAAGGACCUAUAGAUAUUGACAGUUUUGCGAUCGUAUCUGCAAGAUGACCGAAAAAUCUCAAUCAGAAGAAAAGCUUUGAUGAGCAUCUGGUAAUUUUAAAUAAAUGUAUUUUGACUAAAAAGUAAAAACUUUGAAAGAAAGUAAUGAAAAGAAAUCUGUGUGCUCUUGAAGCAACCAUCGGUUUCUUUAGUUUAAGAUAUAAAAAAUCUCGAUGUUUCCUAUGUCGUCUGUAAGUGAAAGUAAACAUAUCACGAAAAUGCCUAAAGCAUCACAAGUUUAAAUAUAAUUAUACAUAUAUAAAUUAUAUACGCAUAUAUAUAAAGUAUUGGAAAACAAAGAGAAAAAACUAUUCCAUUGAAAGUAUAUUUUUAUCUUCGAUGAAUUAUUAUAUCAAUACUCAAUGUAAUAUUGAACUCCAUAUAUUUGCAUAAUAUUUAUAUAUUUUAUCGAAACGUUUACUAUACAUACCUAUGUAGUUGUAUAACUCUGUAAGAUGAACAUUAUGGGAAAAUUGUUAUUCAAAUUCAGUAUUUUACUUUUAACUUUUCUUUGUUCCAUUUACUUUUUUUUUUAGAUCGUUAUAGGCCUACAAAAAAUUAUAUAAGUUACAUACUUCGUACUGAUAUUAUAUUUAACAUACGUUCAGUUAUAAAAAUCAAAUACAUAUAAUACUUAUAAUUAUAGGGCAUACAAUGGUAACGUUAAGGAAAAAUUAACUAGAGAAGUAUUUGGAUUAUACAAUAGAUUACACAACAUUCAUUGACUUUGUUUUUUUUCAACUCCUACAUGAUAUAUAUAGGUUUUUCAUUAUCCUUAGAAAACUGACAUUUUAACAAUAUCAAGAGAAGACAUCUGAAAAAAAAUAUGUGGUUGCACAAAAAGUAUACGGAAGUUGAAAAUUCAAAUAUGUAUUUAAUAAUAAAAACAUUAAAUUAUACAAUUACAUAAAAACACACGCACACAAAUACUCGCGCGAUUGAUUGUAAAAUCCAGCGACUUCGGCUACUAGGCGUUGAGUCAAAAGUACCUACAUAAAUAAAGAAGUAAAAACUUUAAAUUAUGAAGAAUUUAAGAAAUUGAUGAACAAAAACAACACCUCUAUGUAUGAAUAUACGUGUACAUCUGAUAUAUUAUAUUAACAACAAUGUUUCAACCGUAUUUAAAUGUGAAAUAUAUCUAUAUAUACUAUA